AUGGGGAACUCGGCAUCUAAAAGCCGUCGGUUGGUAUCGGAGGUAUCCAAGACUGCCGCCCGCAAGGGGCCUAUGGUUCGUUCCAAUGUGAACCAGUUGCCUAAUGAGGCGCUUAAGGCUCUGUAUUUGAAACACAGCACUGAAUCAAAGGACGACGCGGACAACAUCAACAACUCCACAACCGAACAAAGCAAACAACAGCCUAUUUCUAAAGAUUCGCCUUCUUCUAUUGAUGAUCUGCCUAGCAUUAUACACCCUCCUGGCAAAGAUGGGUAUGACCCCCAAGAACUCCAUAAAGACUUUAUCCAAUCAGUCGUUGAUCUCGGUAGGCAAAUCCACUCUACAAACGUUAACGGCAACGGAACCAAUGCACUUCCCUUAAGACAGCUUAGGAACAGAAAGAACCUUUUCAAACUUGGCCAGCAGCAAUUAGAACUACAAAAGCAAGGUAAAGCUGUUGACUCCACAAUGGUAAACCCCCAUACAUUGAGUGCUAUACUUGAAGCGAUCAAAGAACCCGACUCUAAUAAAGAAUCCAUAGCUGCGGACUAUAACGUAAACAUUAAGUUUCUUGAACUGCUAGGAACUCGUUUCUCUGUUCCUAAAACGUAUGUUCCGCUUCAAGAGGCCACUAAAGAAGGUGAGAUCAGUUCUCAGAAUGCAGAAGCUAAAUCUGUCCUUUCUGCUACCCAAAGAUCUGAACAGCAUCUGAUGAUGAACCCUAACGAUGAAUUAGCAGAGAAUAUUUCUUCCAAACGAUUGAAUCAGCUUAGAAGCAGGUUGAAUUAA